UGACUAGGGGCUUGAGAAGAGAACACUAAAACCAUUGAUCUCACUCAUGUUUGCCCUCGAAUUAUUAUACAUCUAGUGAAAAAGCGGAAUAAAAAGACUAACCGGAUCGAUCUGUGUGCUCCUUCCGACACUUUUGGAACGUGGGUUCUUGUUACACUGUCGUUUCCUAAUCUUAUUUUCAGCUCCAAGAAAUCUGGGAAGGGCAAGAGGCAUGGGAAGGGUGGUAACCGCUUCUAGAAGAACAUCGGUCUGGGUUUCAAAACCCCCAGAGAGGCUAUCGAAGGAACGUUCAUCGACAGGAAGUGUCCUUUACCGGUACUGUUUCUGUCAGAGGCCGUAUAUUAGCCGGAACUUGUCACAGUGCAAAGAUGACCGAGGACAAUCAUUGUUUGUAGGAACUAUCUUCACUUUGUCAGGAAAUACCGAAGAUGCGAGAAAAGGCAGUCGGACAUUCGAGCUCACAUUUCACCGUGCUUCCGUGCCAAAGAAGGAGAUCAUGUUAUCAUUCGGACUUACCACUGCUCGUUUCUAUAUAUGGAAACUGUGAACUGGCUUGCCGACAAAAACCCAGGCCAUUGUCAAAGACAGUGAGGUUCAACCGACGUCCUGAAGGUGGUUACGGCGGGAGGUUUCGUUCCGGCGGAGGGAAGAAAGCAUUUUCCGGAAUGUAAAAGCUUCUGGGUAUGUCAUAUAUGGGGAGUUUAUAUCGAUUUUGUCAUCAGGCACCAUAUUUUCUCGGUCGGAACACCGUUAAGUUAAGUAUGGGAAAGCUAUCUGUUUUGGUUGAUGGGCCUUUUAAGGAUCCUCUUUGAAUCGUGUUUCAGUUGCAUUGGGUCACGACUCAUGACUACGGUCCAGUCCCAUUCGUCAACUUGCAUUUUCAUUCAAUGUCUUUAAUCUUU